UAUUUACGAUAUUUCCAACAUUUUGUUUCUGUUGAUUGCUUUUAUCUUGCCGCGACAAACGUAGAUCGACGCAUUUGUGGAAUGUGUCCACUGUUACUGAAUGGAAUAUAUCGCUAUCGUCAGUAUGCACAGUUCAGGACAAAAUAAGCCUGGGUCUACAGAUUCCCUGCACUGGUGUACUGCUUGAUAAUGUCGGAAGAUGAAGAUGAAGGCAGUGUUAUGUAUGGAUGUAGCUCUGUGGCUGUUUCUGAUGUGUCUUGUACCAACUCGGAUGUAUUCUAUGAAAAGAUUUGGAGAUGUUUCACCAUCGAUGCCCUACAAAUUUGUGAACGAAACGCUGGUCCUCAACUGCACCUUACACAGCAGUAGCACGGAUACUUACAAUGCAUCGAGGCUGUUCUUUGAAUUCAACGAUGCAACAAUGGAAGACUAUGUCACUAGACUAGACAACAGAACCAUACAGCUGAAGAAAGUCAUGAUCACUGCCAGUGAUGCUGGCUUAUACAGUUGUCUUUUACGAAUUCCCUCCGUGGGUAAUGAGUAUGUCGGGUCUCAAGACGUACAAGUGGAAUAUGCACCCCAUGCUGUGAAGAUAAACAACACCUCCUGUGUCGUCUUCAACUGGGAUGAGGGCAUGCGGUGUGACUGGGACAUUGGAAUCUACGUUCAUGAGGAGAAUGUUGCAGUUGCUGUCAUGUAUUAUAUUUUUCGGGACCCAAAUUCUUACCCAUGUCCUGAUGCUGGGAGGACGUACUGCUACUGGAAUGCUGAUAAUUUCCGCGCUGUAUAUGCUUAUUAUGUUGCUGUCACAGUGACAAACUUGAAAACGAAUGUGUCCAAUUCAAGUCACAUUCCUUGGUUUAUUACUAACAGUGUUGUUCAGCCUGCAAACGUCAUUGACCUUAAAGAAGUUCACAAAAACACGAGCUGUAUUGAGAUUUCGUGGUCGCAUUCAAAGAUUAAAACCAGGCCUCUCAUCUUCCGCAUCAAGAUCAAACCAUCAGCCGACGGUGGACCUAACUGGAAGCUAGUAUCUGAUAAACUGCCAAAAACAACUACAAAAUUUACAGUGUGCCAGUUGCUGCCGUAUACAAGCUAUGUGUUGGCUGUGGACUGCAAGCCUGGAAAAAAAGGUUUCUGGAGCAAUGAAACAUUGGUGGAAAUUACAACAGCAGAAGAUGUUCCAGGCAGUGGUCCACACGUUUCAAAGGGUAGUUUUAUGCGACAUGACAGCUGUGGGGAGCAGGGUAUCCAGAACGUCACACUUUUCUGGCAGGAUGAUUUUGAGAAAAAUGGAGUUAUUACUGGCUACCAGAUUGAGUACGAUGGUCGAGUGGAAGAUGUCGCUGGUGAUGUUACGAUGUAUACGGUCUCAAUGCUGCUGUGCAAUACCUCUCAUCCUGUGCAGAUAUUUGCUCAAACCUCGGCAGGAAUCUCAAGAAACUAUUCUCAAAUAUUUAUUCCACAAGUUGAAAAAGUCCCUCCUAUACCAAAGAAGUUAAGAAUCGUGAUUGAUAAAACAAACCAAGACGACGAAGAUGUGCAUGCUGUGUGGGAGAGAACUUCACCUUCUGUCACGAACUUCACUGUGUACUGGUGCCGUGGCUUGGAAAUUCCCUGCAAGGGCUCCAUCAAAUGGAAAACCGUUGGAAACGAGACGGAAACUCGGCUUCCCAUUAAAGGUUCUGUUGCAGCCGACUACUUGUUUGGGAUUUCAGCCGAGAUGGGCAACAUCAGCAGUGGAUAUGUCGGGGACUCAUGUGUAGUUUAUAAAUAUGGCAAACCAAUGCUGCCUCCAGAAAGUGUGAAAAUAGACACGCUGACAAAUGGACCACAAUUAACUGUGACAUGGGAAAGUAGCUGGUGUUUGAAAAAAGAAAAAGUGUUUAUAGUGCAAUUUGUGGUACAUUACUGCGAAGUUCCGAAUUGUACAGAAAUGAAGACGGCGACGGUAGAUGGAGACAGGACGUCACUGACUCUUUCCAAGCUAUCCCUAGGUGUCAACUACAGUGUCCAGGUACAGGCCGUGUCUCAAGCAGGCUCCAGUCCUCUCAGCAAGCCAGUGUUCGGAGUUACACAUGAAACAAGCUCACGUUUUGACUGGAUUCCUGUAAUCGGUGCUGUGAUAGCUAUAUUUGUCUUACUGUUCAUCAUACUGAUGUGCUUUAGUGGGGUGAACAGAAAGAAAAUCUGCCACAAACUGCCUAUCUCGUAUCCCAAGGAUCUGCACAAGAAUGAAGUAAACUAUUCCAAUGGACAGGUCUACACAUCACAGUCCGAGCCCAACAGUCCCGACCAUCUUCUGCCAGCCCAGGACAAUAGUAACACAACACAGACAACCAUUGUGGAGAUUGUGAAGGACAGUGGAAGAGGCAGUCUCCCUUCGUCACAGCGUGAGAACGGCCACCUUGUACCUGACAAUGAUGAAAUCCUGUAUGUUGAUCUCAACACUGGUGAUGCUUUCCUUAAAGAACCAAAUUUACCGAGAGACUCACCAAACGGUGGACAGAGGGUCCCACAAAGAAUCUCUCAACAACCACCGAACAACAACUCGCUAUCAGACUACGUAACAGUGGGACCAGAUAACGUGGCACUGGAAUUCACGUCUGCUAGAAAAGAAGGAAAUGAUGCAAUACAAAAUUCAGGAUACGUAGCCAAUCCACAGAACCUGGCUAAUGCAGAUACACAGAGUUCGGGUAACGCAGAUCUGUAUUUGGAUUCACCAGAUGUUGUGCAAGGCAUCCCUUCACCAAGACCAUGCGUCAGUUGUACAGCUGCUGACGUGAAGUCAUCAGUGGCGUCUGCCCGGCCAUCAUCAGUGUUGGAGGGUGGUCAAGGUUACUGCGAAGUGUCCUUUUCUUCAGAUGCCGUUCCAAAGAGUGGGAGUGAAAACUGGAGUGAAAACCGUCCACUGUCCAUCUCCGGCAGCGCUGUGGCGGGUCCGGGUGACAGGAGUAAGAAACCAGUGGAGGGGUCUACGUCGUUGCCCACUGGUCAUCCCAACUCAUUUGCAUUGUUAGACCUUGGACCUCAUGCAACUGAAGAAGGUCAUAAUAGACGUGAACUUCGAUCUCAAGCUACAGGGGAAGUCUCUGAAAAACCCGACUCAAGUCACCGAGGUAGCGAAGAAGAUCUCCAGACACAUUCACCACAAGUUUCAGAUUAUGUCAUGGCAGCAGAUGAUCCUUCUGUUAUGCUGGAUUCUAAGUUAUAAUGAUCAUCCAGAAGAAGAAAAACAAAUGUGACCAGCGCACAUAUUUUCGAAGCUAUCUUAGAGCUAUGAAAUCGAAAAACCAUCAUAAGCUAUGAUGUCACUAUAGCGUGUGCUGUAGUGACGUCAUAGUCUUAAGAUGUUUUUUUACGAUUUCGUAGCACUAAGAUUGCUUCGAAAAUAUGGGGCCCAUGCUAGUCUCAAGUCUUUAAGAAAGUCUUACCCAUAGAAAUUGCAUUUAGUUAAGUCUAGAGACUUUGAUAAAGAUCUGAGUCUGGACUUGUGAAAGUGUUACAAGUAUGGACUCUGGUCUCAUUAUCAUCACAGCAGUAGUUUUUGUCUUUAUUUUAUAGUCAAACACGAUUGAGUAGCUGUCCCUAUUGAAGAGACUGUCCGACUGUCCCUAUUGAAGAGACUGUCCGACUGUCCCUAUUGUAGAGACUGUCCCUAUUGUAGAGACUGUCCCUAUUGAAGAGACUGUCCCUAUUGUAGAGACUGUCCCUAUUGAAGAGACUGUCCCUAUUGAAGAGACUGUCCCUAUUGUAGAGACUGUCCCUUUUGUAGAGAAUGUCCCUAUUGAAGAGACUGUCCCUAUUGUAGAGACUGUCCCUAUUGUAGAGACUGUCCCUAUUGAAGAGACUGUCCUGAGUUUGUUGCCAUUGUAAGAUAUUUCCGACUAAUAUUAAUAGAGCUUUGUAAUGACUGAAAUAACAUUAUGUUAAAUACAAAUACUUGUUUUGAUUGAUUAUCAGAGUCUUAAUUAUUCAAUGUGUCUUUUAUCGACAUAAUGUUUGUAAGUGGUUCGCACUGGAUUUUGUCUCCCAAUAAUUUUAUACGUAUGAUAAAAAGAUAUAUUAGGAAUUCUGAAGUUUUACCUAGUGCAAAUAUUAGGAAGAUCAGAAUAUAAUAUAAAACACUGAUAUUUUAUGCAGAUAAAUAUAUUUAAUAUGU